CGGUGCUGAGCCUGUCCCCAGCCACCCACUCCAGUCAAGGCCGCAGGCCUCCAGCUCCUGGUCUCUGUGUGUUUGCUUAGCUCCGCAGCCCCGGCCGCCAUGGCGUUGCGUGUGGCAGCAUUCGACCUUGACGGAGUGCUGGCCCUUCCCUCUAUCGCCAGCGCCCUUGGCCGCACCGAGGAGGCCCUGGCGCUGCCCAGAGGCUUCCUGACCAAUGCUUUCCAGAAGGAAUGUCCAGAGGGACCCAAUGAGCAAUUCAUGAAAGGGAAGAUCACAUUUUCCCAGUGGGCACCACUCAUCGAAGAGAGCUGCAGGAAGCACUCCAAAGCCUCUGGAACCAGCCUGCCUGAGAAUUUCUCCAUAAGUCAAAUAUUCAGCCAAGCCAUGGCAGCGAGAAGCAUCAACCGGCCCAUGCUCCAGGCAGCUAUUGCUCUCAAGAAGAAAGGAUUCACAACAUGCAUCGUCACCAACAAUUGGCUGGAUGACAGCGACAAGAGAGGCAGCUUGGCGCAGAUGAUGUGUGACCUGAGCCAGCACUUUGACUUCCUGAUUGAGUCCUGUCAGGUCGGGAUGAUCAAGCCUGAGCCUCAGAUCUACAAGUUUGUACUGGAAACCCUGAAGGCCAAACCCAACGAGAUUGUUUUUCUAGAUGACUUUGGGAGUAAUCUGAAGCCAGCUCGUGACAUGGGGAUGGUCACCAUCCUGGUCCGUGACACAGACACUGCUCUGAGAGAAUUGGAGAAGGUCACAGGGACACAGUUUCCUGAGGCUCCUCUGCCAAUACCCUGCAAUCCAAACAACGUCAGCCAUGGGUAUGUGACAGUGAAGCCGGGGAUCCGCCUGCAUUUUGUGGAGAUGGGCUCUGGCCCUGCUGUGUGCCUCUGCCAUGGGUUUCCUGAGAGCUGGUUUUCAUGGAGGUACCAGAUCCCAGCUCUGGCCCAGGCAGGCUUCCGGGUUCUAGCUAUAGACAUGAAAGGCUAUGGAGACUCAUCUUCCCCUCCCGAAAUAGAAGAAUAUGCCAUGGAAGUGUUAUGUAAGGAGAUGGUAUCAUUCCUGGACAAGCUGGGGAUCCCUCAAGCAGUGUUCGUUGGCCAUGACUGGGCUGGUGUGCUGGUGUGGAGCAUGGCUCUCUUUUACCCUGAGAGAGUGAGAGCCGUGGCCAGUUUGAACACUCCGUUCAUGCCACCAAAUCCUGAGGUGCCUCCUAUGGAAGUUAUCAAAUCUAUCCCAGUUUUUAAUUAUCAGCUGUACUUCCAAGAACCAGUAAUUGACGAUUUUUGA